AUGGCGCCGGCGCCUCUGACGCCUCGGCGGACGGCGACUGGCCGACGACGCGGCCGUCCGCCUGGAUCGACCAACGCGGCACGCGCGGCGCGUUUGGCGGCGGCGUCGGCCGAGCCGCCUCCGAAGCGAAGGAAAUACAUACCCGGCGGUCCCGGCGGCGGCGGGCGGUUUGUUGACGAAGACGGGAUCACGACCGAGGUGGUGACUCGCGGCAGUGGACGAAGCGCAAGAACGCCAACGGCGCGACGCGUGCCCCAUGCGGCAUCGUCUGGGAUUCUGCCACGGCGCGAGAGGAGCACAAGAACGAGGACGGCUGUUAGCCGGUAUGAACCGGAUGACGAGGAGCAGUUCAGCUCGGCGGCGGCGGUGGCGGCAGCGGUAGUGCAGAGCGAAGGCUAUAAGCCGCGCGAGGAACGCGGCUGGGAGGAGUUCCACCCGAAUCUCGAUAUCGAGACGACGUUUAUGGUGUUUUCGGCGGACGCCGUGGACGGGACGGCGAUUGAUCUUGCUGUGGGGACUGCCGUCGACAUGUCCGCGUUUGCGCCGGUCUUGCACCUGCCCCAACGCUCUUCCUUCUCGGGGAACGGGAUGGGCGGAACGGAAGACAGGCCGCCAACGAUGGAGGGCUCAGAGCUGUGUGAUUCUACGGUGGCCGUGGCUCUGGCGGGCUCUUCGGCGGGCGCAUCGCAGGAGAAGGGGGAAAUAAACGGGGUAGCAGCGACGGACGAAGCAACAGGGCUUCCGCUCACGCCACUUCGUCGUCGUCUUGGACGUCCGACUCGGGACUCUGUGUUGUUGGCUGCGCCGACGCCAAAGACGCCCAAAGUGCUGCCGAUCCACAACCAGACGCCGAAGGAGAAGCUGGACCUGAAGCUGCCGUCGUACCGCAAGACGGACCGGAUCCUGCUGUUCGAGGGCAAGACGUUUGGGCGGUACGUGGACAAGUCGAUGAUGAAUGUUGGGUACCAGGAAAGCGAUGUGUAUCUGCGGCCGGAACAGUACCUGAUCAAGGCGAGCGACGCCAACGCGGAGGAGGACACGGAGACGAGCCAGCACCCACAUGUGCAUGCGCAUGCGCAGGCAGCAGGAAGCGGCGGAGGUGUGGGCCGGGUAGAGUACGACAUGGACGAGCAGGACGACAAGUGGCUGGUCAAGUACAACGCGCAGCGGAAGGAGAAUGCGGUGGAGCCGAUCACGCGGGAGAUGUUUGAGAUCACGAUCACGAAGAUCGAAAAGGAAUGGCACGCGCUGGAGAAGCGGAUUCCAAAGCCGAACCCGAAGCCUCCGCAGACUCACCGGCCACGAUCGAGCUCGGCGGCGGCAGUGAACGGGGAGACACAGGGUGGCGAGGAGCAGGACAGCAAGUGUGCGAUUUGCGACGACGGCGACUGCGAAAACACCAACGCGAUCGUGUUCUGCGACGGCUGCGAUCUGGCGGUGCACCAGGACUGCUAUGGGGUUCCGUUCAUCCCAGAGGGCCAGUGGCUGUGCCGAAAGUGCCAGCUAAUCGGCCGUGGGAUCCCGACGUGCAUCUUUUGCCCCAACACGGAUGGGGCGUUCAAGCAGACCAACUCGUCGAAAUGGGCCCACAUGCUGUGUGCGAUGUGGAUCCCGGAGACGUCGCUGGGAAACACGACGUUUAUGGAGCCGGUGAUGGACGUGGAGAAGGUGCCGAAGACGCGGUGGCGACUGACGUGCUACAUCUGCCGGCAGAAGAUGGGGGCAUGCAUCCAGUGUGGAAGCAAGGCGUGCUACCAGGCCUUCCACGUGACAUGUGCACGACGGGCGCGGCUGUACCUGAAGAUGAAGAACAGCCAGGGCGCUCUGGCGGUGCUGGACAACAGUAUGAUCCUAAAGGCGUUCUGCGACCGACACUGUCCGCCGGACUACGCAAAGGAGCACGCGGUGCACCAGGCGACACGCGAAGCGAAGCGGCACUACAAGCGGGCAAUGCGCGGGCGCAUCUGGGCAGACAGCCAGGCGUCAGCGUUGCAGCUGGCGGCCACACACCUGCAGACAGCACCGGCACAGGCGAGCGGCGAGCCGACGAUGGCAGCGACAGCGGCCGGGUUCCAUCAGGUGGGCGGAAAUGCUGGGGAAGGCAUAGGAAAUGGGGAAGCAGCAAGUGCAGAAAGUGUCAUUGCCAUCCCGACAAGCAGCCCAGCAGCCAAGCCGAUGUGGAAGCUGCCGUCAGGAGCACCGGUGAUUCCACAGGCCGUGUUUGACAUUGUCGAGACGGCACUGCAGCGGUUUAUGCUGCGACGUCGGCGCGAGUUCGUGUCAGAAGCCUGUCGUUACUGGACGCUGAAGCGCGAGGCACGAAGGGGAGCAGCGCUAUUGAAGCGGCUGCAGCUGCAGAUGGAGACGUUCACGUCGAUGGAGCUGACGCGGCGCAACUUUGCAGCCAUGGGGCCGUCAGGCCGGUCGCGACUGCAGCGACGCAUCGACUUUGCCGAGGUACUGAUCCAAGACCUCUUCCAGCUGCGAUCGCUGGCCGACGACGUGGUGCAGCGCGAGCGUGAUAAGCUGUCGGAGGCCGAGCUGGAACUGGACUUUGUCAACACGUGCUACUUUCCCGUGUACCAGCUGCUGGUGCCGGUGAUUGAAAAGGCGAGCAGCUACGACAAGAACGUGUUCCGGCCAGACCUUGUGGUCCUGCAGAGCCGACUGGACGAGCGGUACUACACCAAUGCGCUCGUGUUUGUGCGCGACCUCUGUGCUGCCAUGCACAAGAGGAUCAACCAGGCAGACGAGCCCGAGUGUCAGCAGCCGACGCCGACGAACGGCACGGGUGAAGGCGUCAGCAUCGAUGCAGCAGCAGCGUCGUCGGAACCGCUGCAGUCUGUGCUUUCUGAAGCAGCAGCGACGACAACAGCGACGACGACAGCACGGGACCGGAAGAGGCUGGGCAAGCGGAUUCUCAAGUCGAUCCAGCCGCUGCUGGAGGCAGCCGUGCGGGCCGAGGCCGACAUUACGCGCGUGCCAUCCGAGACUCUGGUGAAGGAGAUGGAGGCGCUGCUAGAGGCCAGCGUGGAGCUGCAGCAGACGUCGAUCACGGUGUCACAGACCGAAGACGUCGUCAUGGCCGACGGGGAGGCGGUUGACGAUGAGAUUGUGGUGGCCAAGGACGGCGUGGUGGCCGAGAUGGUGACAGACGUGGUGGCAGACGUGGUGGCAGAUGUGGUCAAGAGACCGGCGAUGGUCGGCGCGUUUCUGACCUGCGGCGUUGGCACGAGCGCACCGCUGACACCGCCACAGUCACACAGCGGAAGCGUGCCGGGCGGCAGCAUGGUGGCGGUGAUUGGCAGCAGCAGCAGCGGAGACGGGACAGCGGAGAGCGGUGCUGGAGGGGAUGGUGACGGUGAUGGUGAGGGGGAAGGUGGAGACAAAGACAGCCCAACCAGGACGCUCGACAGCGGUGGCGUGCCCUGGUAUCUGGACGGGUUCAGCCUGGACGGCACGACGGUGGCCGAAGAGCCGUGGUCGGGACGCGAGACGGCACGCACGCCCAGCGAAGAGCUGACCGAACUGGACGAUGAGGCGAUCAAGGCGAUGGAGCUGGACAUGGAAGACAGCACCAUCACAGCUGGCGUGGAGGAGGUGGAGAGGGUGGAGGGGGCGGAGGAAGAAGCGACAGCGGCAGAACCGACAGAAACAGAGGCAACGGCAGAUACCGUCAUGGUGACGGCACCGACAGCACCAAGACGGAGGAACAACGGCCAGUUCCGCAAGGGCACUCGGUCUUCUGCGCGGCGACGGUGA